AUGGAGGUUGAUGGCUUUGAGGAUUACAUCGAUGAUGCUUAUUAUUACAAAGGUGAGUAUGAUUCUAAGUCGGGAAACCUGAUGAGUUAUUAUGGGAUCAAAACUGAGGCACAGAUCCUCAGUGAGUGUAUCACGAAGACAGAAAAGUCAUUCUCCAAGAAAUGGGAUAGGGAUGCAAUUGGAUUGGAAGUCAAGUCUUUAAAGAAGAAGGCAAGGAGAUGGUUUGAUGUGGGACUGGGGUCAGGCUCAGCACCCGACAAGGUAUAUGCUAAGGCAUCAGCUUGGUAUCAUGUAACAUAUCAUCCUGAUUACUGGGGAUGUUAUAAUGAGGGAAUGAAUCGGGACCAUUACCUAAGUUUUCCAUGGUGCAUCUAUGAUAAGCUGGUAAAGAUCAAGAAGGACAAAAGCAGUAUCAGAAGGUCACUUCAUUUAUCAUCACUGGAACGCCAAUUCGCAGAUGGUUUGACGCUUGGUUGA